GACGAAGCUUGACGCUCUUUCUCAACGUAGCUAAGAUGGUGGACACCGUUGGAGGUGCAAGAAAGGCACUGCGACCAAACAGGGUGAUGCCGAACUUGCGCGGCGUUCGCCUGGCCGACCUGGAAGGAAUGAGGGGCGUAGUCACCGGCUCAACCAUCGACUACAGGUCGCCUUGUACGGCGGGCGAGCACCGGACAUGCCGCAUCGUCUGCCAACUGUCCGUCUGGAACGACGUUCUCUCGGACGCGAACUUGGAACUGCGCAAGGAUCCAGGCCGAGCAGGGUUCCUCUCUCUGGUGACCCUCGAACAGACUUACCCGUCCGCCGUCGAAGACCGCAAGCUGCACCGAUGCGCCACGCUAGUUUACUGGCUGCUCAAGACGCACCGCUGCGUCGCCAGCGUGGACGUCAACUUGCGCAGUCUCGGCGCGCACUACGCGCUUGUCUUCGCGGCACUUCGAGGGAACCCGUCCAUCAAGCACCUGAAGCUCGGCCUGUGGACUUACUGGAGCGAUCACCAGGAGCCCCGCGCCAUCGCCUCCUGCCUGGAGAACAUCGAAGAGCUCGAGUGCCGCCUCUUUCCCGACUGGCCGUCGCAAAUUCUCUCUGCGCUGACGAUCCUCCUGAGGAACGCGACGUCCUGCUCGCUGAACUCAAUCAAGAUUCCCAAGUUACCUCAGCUGAACCACGAGGCCGGCGCGUUGUUGGAGGUGCUGGUGACGAACAAAGCGCUGAAGAAGCUGUCGAUGCGCGGCUCCGACCUGACCACAGCUUGGAUCAACCACCGCCACAAGUUUCGGAGGCACCUGGUCAACACUGGCUCAUUAACAGCGCUGAGCGUCUCGGACCUGGUCGAAAUGCCCAAGGACGUCUUCAAGUGGCUUCUCGAAUGUCUGCGGGAGAACCGGACGCUAACGCACGUCGCUCUGCAACGCAUCGUCGUCGACGAAGACAGCGCGACUGUCGUGGCGAAGAUUCUCGCCGAGAAUGGCGUACUGCGCUGCUUCAACAUGUUAGAAAUGCGAGCGGAUUCCGCAGCCCGGCGGGUAGACUUCUUCGACAGCUGGCUGCCGGCGCUCGCCGAUAACGAGACGUUGGAGGAAUUCACGCUGCCCCUGAGCGCCUGGAAUCAGCAGCUGUGGAAGCGGUUCUUCGGUACGCUACCGACGAGGAGGGUCACGAGAAAAAUCACGAUCGAAAUCGCCCAGGACGACUACCAUUCCAUGCCUACGGUGUACGGAGUCCUCGAAGAAACGCCGGGAGUGGGACGCUUGGUCUUUUUCAAGCGCCUGAACCCGCUGAGUAGCUCCGACACGAUGUGGAACGAGCCGUCUCAGUGUCACGCGUGGUUGUUCCACAACACUCGAGAAGUCUUCUCGGCGAUUCUGCGGCAGCUGCCGUCGCUCAGUCACGUGACGUGCGCACAGUUUCGCAUAUCCGCCGACCUCCUCGAUCAAGCCACGUCCGCGUCCAUCUCGUCCUACGUCCGAACGACCCGCACUCUGAAGAGGCUCUGUCUCGCCUGCUUCUCCCUCGAAACCGGCGCCGACAAUGCGGUGGGUUUUUGGAGCGACGUUAUCGAGUCGCUCGCCGCUAAUACGAGCUUGACGACGGUGGCGUUGAAGCCCAGGUACAUUACGGAAAGCGCCAUUCAGAGUCUGGCGAACGUGCUCAAGUCGAGUCACUACAUCCACACGGUGCAGAUAGACUUCGAGGAAAGCGCGGACGCUGACGCCUUCGUGCGGGCUUUGUCUGCCGGAUUGGCGGAAACGUACGUGCUGCUCGGCAUCAUCUUGAGCGGCUACUGCGACAGCCGAGUUCCGAGAGAGUGGUUCACCGUGCGUGACACUGCUCGCAGGAACUCCUGCUUGGUGGCGCUAGCUGCCGAAUUCGUGAGCGGCCAUCGACGCGACAGGUACUGCGCCGGAGCCCUGGAACGCGUGCACAGCCACCCCGCUCUACUCGGACAGGUCGCCCAGCUGUCGUCCGUCGGCGAGGUCGACGCAGCCGCCUUGGUGCGCGAGGCCCUCGAGAGCAUCCAGGGCAUCCACGCGUUCAUGAGGCUCGCCGGUGUGGUCAAGGAGCGGGUGCAGUGCCGCCCCGGCACGGAAGCCGGCGGCGCACAGCUGGACGGCCUCGACGACAACUGCUGGAGGCUCGUGAGGCGAUACCUGAGGCUGGAGGACGUCGCGGACUCCGCGCCGUUGCCGUCGAGUUCGUAGGCUAUCGCUCAAAGCCCAGCGGCGAGCGUCCGAGCUGGCAGCCCGACCGGACGCGUAUAUUCUAUUGGCUAACAGCUCUCUCGCCUCUUCGUGUUUUUGUUUCUUCGUUUCUAAUGAGAGGUAGACGCUUUGAUCGACAUUUACGACUGUUACGUGUGUCGCGUACGGAGAACGCCUCGGCUAAUGAAGGCCUGUAGUCUCCGAAUGUAGGAAACCCUUUAAAUAUGACACCCAAGGGGCACGCAAUCAGCAAUCCGCCCCAUUUCAAAGGAGAUGCCAAGCAACCGCCAUCAUCAUCAUCGCUGUGGAGAGCACGCGAGGAAUUGCGGGUCUGUGUGACAGACGCGGGAGCCUGCAGCAUCUCGCAGCUGCCAGAAGACAGCCGUGCCUGGCAUGGGUGUCUCGUGCAACCGGUGUGAGACUUUCUGAACAAAGCGGUACGGACCCUGCGGUGCGAAAGCGUUUGUCAAAAAAAAAAAAAAAAAAGAGAAAGAACGAGCACCGAAUGAAAUAGCCUCCGCUAUUCGAUUCGUACUUGAUUCGGGAAUUCCGCAUUUAAAUCUGCCGAAUAUUCGUCUAGGGUAAGAUCACGGAUGUCGCAUGGUUAACACCUGUUGUGUAAGCAUGUCUCAUCUUGGUUAGCCUAUAAAUUUGUUCUCUCGGUUUAGGAAACAAGACGCGAUCUAUUUUUUGUUGAGUCUCACCAUGUUUGCAUUUCAUCUAAACUAGUCGCUGUGCUUUAGUAUUGUCCUUAGCUAUUUCGACAAGCACGACAUUCUGCUGCUGCACCUGGGACGUUCUGUUCCAUUUUUUUUUACUUUUUGCAUUACUGUCAUUACAACCGUGCUACAGAUGUGAUCGUA